AUGGAUUGGGAUUCGAGGUCUUGGCCGUCCGGCCAAGCUAGCGACCAUGACGAGCGCGUCAAUGGCGAUGACCAAAGCGCCACCGGCAUGAAACCGACCGCGGAGGUCGACUGGGUUCCUGGUCACGAUGACACGGGCUGCAAGGCGUGCGCUCCAUUUGAUGAGUUUCCCAAGGACUUGGGCAUGGACCACGGCUACGUCUUUGACACCAUCAACCACGAGACAGAAGCUGUCCUUGACGAAAACAUGAACGACGCCCUAUGUCACAAGGCUGAUUCGUCGGCCGGCGCCGAAUACAUAUACCUACCCCCGGUGGUCAGAAGUCGCCGCGAUUUCUUCCAGGAGGAGAAAGAGCUCCAACCUCGAGAGACUAUUGAGUUUCUGUCGCCAAUGUUAGGUCAUGUGAGCGACAAUCGUAGCUGGUCUGAACGAGAAAGCAUGUCUCUGAUUACAAGGCGCCUGCUCGGCGCCUACACCACUCUUGGCAUGUUGACUGAGGCAAGAAAACUGACGACCAUCAUCCGUGCUCCACACUUACCGUCUAGCCUAUUGUGGGACUACGAGCAAGUCGAAAACAAGAUAAACAUGGGCGAGGUGGAUACUGCUCUGGUCGCGUGCCAAAAUCUGAUCAAGCGACUGUCAGAUAUCGAUCUCGACCAUCUUCACAAACGGAUCUCCAAGCGAUUGAUUCCCCUAUUCGGAAACAUAGUGCGGGCUGUGCAAGUGAUCACAUCCUACCGUAAUCAGGAUGCGAAGGACUCGUGGUUCAUGGAGGGAGAAGAAGGAACGUCCACGAUCCCAGUAGAUCUCGACGUUUAUGAAUACUUGGCUAUCUGCCACAGGGUCACAGGAAGUCGCUGGAGGGGAGAUCUGCGAGGCGCCGCCACCAUUAUCUGCCGCUAUCUGAGGACAUGCAAGUUGUCAGAUGCUAUCCCGUUCGAUCAGGACAUUCAGCAGAAUUGGGAGUCACAGAUUACCAACGCCUUUCUAGAGGACCCCAACCAGAAUCUCGUCGCUGCUUCUGGACACGGCAUUGGCGUGUUGCACUACUUAGCCAUAUGCAUCCCUCCAAAGAAGGACGAGUUGGCGGAUAUGUUAGGAAAGAUGGAGUCAGACCCAAAUUCGACAGCGCAAGUCGAAUUGGAGGUCAAUGGUUUCCAGCACAAGACAAUCAUCACGCCCUUGCUGCUGGCUGUGGUAGCAGGUAACCUGGUUGGAGUGAAGCUACUGAUCACCAGUGGAGCUGAUCACAGUGCCGUGGACUCCCACUGGCGCUGGAAUGCUCUUGACUUCGCCAUAGCGAUGAACCGCGCUACGAUUGUCCAAUACUUGGUCCAGGGGAGUUACGGAUUCGACGUGAAGGGCCCGUUGGUCAACCGAGGCGCACAUCUGUUCGGCCAGGGCCCCAACGGCUACGGAGCUUUGCACUAUGCCAUUGAAAGUGAUCAUAUGCCUCUCGUGAGGCACAUCCUCGCCGCCGAGUUUCCCGCUGGAGUCGACAACUGGAACGACCCUUGCAACUACAUGAACAACGCCGGUGAGACGCCGGCCAUCUUCGCAGUCCGAAAAGGGAACAUCGAGGCAUCCCGUCUGUUGUGGGAUGAUGACACUGAUGGCGAGAUCUAUUGGACGGAUAAUCAGUCUAGGAAUGUACUCCACGCUGCCGCUGAGUGCAACAACUACGCUAUCUUAGCCUUUGUCAUGAGCCGAGACGAGGACGAGAAUGUCAUAGAUACGCUGAACGAGCUCAACACUGUCUUCCACACUGCUGCUAUGCAUGCAUCGCAAAAGUUCUUCCAACAUCUAUCCCGGUUGCAGUUCUCGCCGAAAAAGGUAGCACGAAUCAAGAGUCGCCUCAACGCCGACGGCCACUCGGUCGACUAUCUGCUCAACCUCAGGGGCCUCAAAUUUCCUUGCUAG